GCGCUGAUGUACAGUGUGUUGGCGGGUGUGUAUAAAGUAUUGGAAUUGUUCAUCAUGUUUGCACAGAAGCCUUACAGCGUUAUUAAAUAUGAAAAGCGGAAUAUUCUGUUGAUAUGACAGUUAUAAUGGAGGUGUGAAUAUGGCAAUGUGAGAUGGAUCAAUCCCGGAAGCGGAGAUUAAAUAAUAGGAAAACUGGGCUUUCUCAGUGUAAAGUGGCGAGAAAUGAAGAGCCGGAGGAAGUUUGUGAGAGCAGAGAUGUUACAGACGCUACAGGAUCAGACAGACACUUCAGUACCAUCAGAGCCUCCAGCCCUCAGUCUGACAGCGCCAGUCAAGAACAGCAUGCUGCAUGUAUCCAGAAGCCUGAAGAUGACGCUGAGAAGACCUUGAUCAUCACAUGCAACAAGGAACAGGGUGGAACACGAACACUGGGCAGAAGGAAGGGUUUGAGGAGGAAGAGAGACGCAGUCAGUGAAGUAGAAGCUCAGCAGAAGGAAGCUGAAGAUGAAAUCCAACCAGAGGUGGAGAUUGACCGAGAGCUGGACAGAGAACUUGAAAAUAAAUCUCGUCAACAUAACCUGACCUCUGCGAACGUUCGUAGCAUCAUUCAUGAAGUGAUCACCAAUGAGCAUGUUGUGGCCAUGAUGAAAGCUGCUAUCAGUGAUACUGAACCCAUUCCUAUAUUUGAACCCAAGAUGACCCGCUCUAAACUAAAGGAGGUUGUGGAGAAAGGAGUUGUCAUUCCUGCUUGGAACAUUUCACCAAUUAAGAAGCCCUCAAAGGUGAAGAAGGGACCCCAGUUUGUGGAUAUUCCUUUAGAAGAGGAAGACUCCUCUGAUGAAGAGUAUCGUCCUGAUGAAGAGGAGGAGGAUGAGACAGCUGAGGAGACUCUUCUGGAAAGUGACUUUGAGAACUCAUCAUCUUCUCCACGGUGCAGUCGAGUGAACCUCCACAGAUCAAGCUCUGAACAUGAGGAGGAUGGAGCCAGCAGCUCUAGACCGAACCUUCGCAGAUCUAGGCACCUGACAGUAGCUGUGACCCCAAUGGGACCCCCACCACCACCACCGGCCCCCUCCAGGGCCCCACCAGAUUGCAGCUUCUUAGAGAAACUCCAUGCGGUGGAUGAGGAGCUGGCCAUCGGCCCUGACUGCAUUGAGUCAUAUCAGAGUCUCAGUAGUGCUAAUGGAGAGGAGAGCCUGAUUUCAUUUCGCACACGAUCCAAGCGCCCGCUGAGAAACGUCCCUCUGGGGCGCCUGGAGGCGGAGCUACGUGCUCCUGACAUCACUCCAGACAUGUAUGAGUUUGGCUCCACCCCUGAGGACAGAGAAUGGACGCAGUGGCUGCAGGGCCUCAUGAGUUCAGAUAUGGAGAAUGAAGAGGAGGGUGAUGAUGAAGAUGACCCAGAGUACAAUUUCCUGGCUGAAAUUGAUGAGCCUGAUGUGGAGGACUAUAGGAAUGACAAGGCAGUGCGCAUUACCAAAAAGGAAGUCAAUGACUUGAUGGAGGAGCUAUUUGACACAUUUCAGGAUGAAUUAGGGAGUCAGGAAGAAGAAGGACAUGAAGAAGAAGAGGAAAAAGAGGAAGAUGAGAGUCCCCUGCAGGAGCCACCUGGCGUUAUGGAGAAUAUUCAGUACGAGGAUCCAUUAGCAGAUGUCUUGAAGCAGCGAUAUCGUACAGUGCGGGAGCAGCUGGCGGCGGUGAAGAAACGGAAGGCUCUGUUGGAGAGUAAAGGAGUGUCUGUACCUCCACCCUGCCCUCAACGCCCCUCUAGCCCCAUAACAUCCAUGACCAUGAACACAGCUCAGAAGCUACAGCUACAGCAGCAGAUCCAGCAGCAUGUGCAGCUCCUCACGCAGGUGAACAUGUUGUGCUGUUCGGUUAAAGGUCUGGAGACAGAGGCUUCAACAAGCAGACAGUUCUUGUUGGAGCUGCAGAUGUUUUCCCAGCAUGGAGACCAAUCCUGCGGCCCAGUAGAGCAUGGCUUCACCAGCAUCUUCAAAGCCUGCAACCUUCAGAGUGCUAUUUCUCUUCUGGAGGAACUAGAUCAGUCACCCAAAGGAGACCCUACAGUCUCAAGUCCAUGUUUCCCUGGAUGCCAGUUUCCUGCUCCUUUGGCCUGGCUUAUGGUGACUCGACCGGUGUUUCUCUACCCAGAGCUACUUCCUACAAUCCAACUGCGUCCUUCUAGAUUCAAAGGGCCGUUUUCUCCAGCAGAAGAUUGCCUUGUUGUUCUAGGUCAUAAGCAUUUAAGAAGUACUCUAAACCCACUGCAGAUGACUUGUCGCUAUCUGCUUGCUGCUAGGAGCUUUAUCAGUUUAAAUUCACACAUCCGUGAUGUGUGUCAUAAGCCCUUUCCCAAUGUCAUCAAGACAUACUUUGUGACUAGAAAGUGCCCUCCCAUGCCCUUGGCCUGUAAGAGGGUCAGUCCUUCUGACCAGCGCCCCCCGGUGGAGAGAGAAAAGAGCCUCAUGCCUAAUUGGCUCUCGAAAAACCUGAAGUGCAUUUAUGAGCAUGUAAGAAUGUUUAACCAACCAUCUGGAAACUCCCAGACUGCCAAUCCAGCAGAAGAAGCCACUGAGUCUCCAGGUCCAGAAGUACAUUGUAGCCUCUCUCCAGGCAUGCGUUACCCUCCCAGCCUUCCUGAGGACCUUGCUCAGACACUUGAAUCUUCACCUGGCUCCUGCAAAAAGAAAAACGACAAGACUGCUAAAUCCACCAAGCCUUUAAAACCUCCCCCAUCAGCUGAGGAACUAGAAGUGUUUCUGAACCAGUUACCAACCCUUUUACCAAAAACGAUCACAGUUCCAAGUCCAUCACUUUCAAACCCUUCUCAUCUCGCACUGGUUCUGAGGCCAGAACCGAAUCCAUGUGUGCCUGGAAACGGAGCUAUGAAUGGGCCUUUCAUAGUAUCUAACAUGUCAAACAUGCCUCCGAUGGGACAAAACCCAGGUGGAGCAGUCGUCACUUUACCGCUUGCUCCAGUCGCACCUGAACUGAGCUCUUCAAGGACUGUUCCUGUGAAAAAUGCUGUAGGAACACCAAUGGGCGUCUCUGGUUCUCCACAGAGAGCUCAAGUUGGUGCAACCCGGGGGGACGUAAUCAUCACUUUACCUGCUGCUUUGGCACCAGAGCUAAAUACUUGUUCUUCACAGCAUAUAGCUGUGAAUCAAACUGCACAAAUAGUCUCCUCUAACGUUGAACCAAGAGGGUCAAACCUCAUAAUUACUCUUCAACCGUCUCUGAUUCCCAACAUUUUAAAAUGUCCCACCACCAUCAUAAAAGCAUCCAGCACCCCAUCAGCUAAAGAUCGUGUUAGUCAGCAUUGUGGCACUCUGCUUAAAGUUGUACAGAGGGGCUCUGGUGGUCUAGCUCAAAUACAUCAAAAACCUCUAAAUCAGUUUCUUCUCCUUCCUCCAGGCUACGUGCUUGCAAGCAGCAGCCUUAAGAUAGCUGGACAAGAUCAAACCUUGAAACACUCAUCAGCUCUGAAUAGCAAAGAGAUGAAACUCAGGAAGCAACAGAGAACUCCAGACACUUUCCAAAGCUCUCAUGGACCACAAGGAGACCCACCAAAAAUGACAUCCGUUCAUGAUGCUCCUACUGAGUGCUUACAAGAAACCACAGCUGCAGAGGAAGAGCUGAGUAGUGAUGAUGGAGUAUUGAUUGAGAAUGAGGUGGAAGAGUAUGGUGAGAAGGACCCCAGAGAGCUGUUUCUCACACUCUCUGAAUCCUCCGGGAGCCCAACGCCCAGCAUUGACGGGGAAGACACUGACAUGGAGAUUGUUUUGGGCAGGAGAGAGAAACUAGAGGAGCAGAACACAAAAGAAAGGCAAAGCAGCAAUAGGCUGACGGGGAAGGAGGAGAAAACAGGUGGAGGUGUUUCAGAUGUCCUGUUUGCACCAGAGCUUCAGAAAACCAUCGAGAAAUUCUCACAUCUGGCCACAAAGAUGAGAUCUGAAAAGGAAGGAAGUUCAGAUGAUGGAAAAUCAAACCAUCAACCUGCAGGUUCUGUGGAGAGCCCUUUGGUCAUUUACGAUAAUGCAUCUGAUGACGAUCCUUACAGAGACGCUAAAGAUGUCGCCUUUGCCCAGGCUUACCUAGAGAAGGUGUAUGAGGUGCUGCAGAUGGUGCCUGGGAAAGUGGACGAGUUCCUGUGUGUUCUGUCAGAGUUUGAGAAAGAUCCAAAAAGUCGCACGUCACUGGAGUUACUGACGAGACUCAAGCCUGUGCUGAGCGACUGGCCUGAACUGCUUCGGGAUUUUGCUGCUUUUCUGCAUCCAGAUCAAGCCAGAGAGUGUGGCCUGCUGGCAGAGCAGCAGGCAUUUGAGCGCAGCAGACGGUUUCUACGCCAGCUGGAGUGUACUUUUGGAGAGCAGUCAGAUCUCUACAGAAAGGUGGUGCACAUUCUACAAGGGGGUCCGUCACAGGAUCUUCCUGACUUCAAAGAGAUGAAAGCUCAAAUAACAUUGCUGUUCCGUGAUCACACUGACUUGCUGGAGGAAUUCUGGGAAUUUUUUAAGCAGCUAUACCCACAAGUGCAAGAUGAGGAUCAUGCAGACAAUGUGGAAACCAUUCGGGGCUUGGAAAGAAACCAUGCAUGUCAACCAAUCAGAACUGUCUUACCAGAUAAAAAAAUGGAGCCAGUCAAAACAACCAUUAAACAUAGAAGAAAAAGAGAUAAACAUGUUCAGAUGGCAGAAACAAAAAAGAACAAGGCCAAGAAACACAGUGUAGCAACAGAGUCAAAAAAGGACGCAGCUGAGUCUUCUUCAGUGGACCGUGAACAGUCUUCAUUUAACACCACAGGAAGCUCAGUCUGUGCCAAGAAUAUCUCACGCACACCAAAUGGGAAAAAAGUAGUCCUCUGGACGAGGGAGGCAGACCGUGUAAUACUGACCACCUGUCAGCAGCGAGGAGCCAAGCCAGCCACGUUUCAUGCCAUUGCAGCCCAGCUUGGCAACAAAACAGCCAACGAGGUUUUGGAGCGCUUUCAAGACCUCAUUAAGUUGUUCCACAAAUCCAGCAAGUUACAUCACACAAGCCAGUCGGACACAGAGAUCCAGUCCGGCACUAUAGAAGAUGAACCAGACUAACAUUAAAAAUGUGCUGAACAAUA